UCCAAGGCAAAUAUUGUAUCUGUCUGUUUAGAGAGAGAGAGAGAGAGAUGGGGGAGGCUGCGUUGGGGUUCCUGUUGGAGAUAGUGAAGGAUGUGAUAUCCGGAGCAGAAAACGAGUUCCAGCAGCUCAACAACGAACUCAAACAACUCAAGGGUUUCCUCAGCGAAGGAGCCAAGAAGUACUCCAAGGAGGAUGGCCUCUUCAAGGAGCUGGAGAGGCAGAUAAGAGACGCGGUCUACGAGAUCGAAGAUGCCAUCGAUACUUGCUUCACUAAAGCCAUCGAAGCCGAAGUCAAAGCCAAAGCCAAAGCCAAAGCCAAAGCCAAAGCCAAAGCCAAAGCCAGACCCAAAAAAAUCCCCAAGUUUACGAGCUCAACGGGUUUCAGCCUUGCCAAAGAGAUCAGUUCGCUUAGAGUUGAUAAAGUCAAGCCCUUGCUUGAUGGAGCCAAGCACAAGUUUGGUACCAUGCAGAAUACCGAUCGAUCCCCACCCCUCCAAGAUCAACGGACUAUAUUGAAAAGGGAUAAGCCGAUCAGGGAACACAGAGCAAUAGGUUUCGAUGAGGAGGAGGCAAGUAUUAUUGGGUAUCUCAGGGAAGAAAAGCAGAGCCUUGAAGUGAUCCCAAUCAUAGGCAUACCUGGUCAGGGAAAGACAACGUUGGCAUGGAAGGUUUAUCAGAACGAGGCCGUACGUUACGAUUUCCCAAUUCGAAUUUGGGUUAACAUCUCUCAGAAGUUCAACAGCAGGGAUGUGUUCCUCCACAUCCUCAAAACAUUCGCCCCCAGUACAGACACAUCUAAAAUGGAGUACGAUGAUUUAGUUCAAGCAGUUCGAUCUUGUCUGGAGAAAGACAAGUUCUUCCUCGUCCUUGAUGAUGUUUGGAGCGUCGUCGCAUGGGAAGAGAUCAAAGGAGCUUUGCCACUUAACAACGGGAAGGGCAAAGUCCUCAUCACCAGUCGAGAAGACAAAGUGGGCUUUCGUUCUGCUAUUGUUAAACCGCACAAGCUCAAGUUUCUAGACAAGGCUGAAAGCUGGAUGCUGCUUCAGUUGGAGGUAUAUGGAAAUAAGGAAGAAUGCCCCGACGAUUUUAGGGGCAUAGGCCAGCAUAUAGCCGACAAAUGUGAUGGAGUGCCACUGAAACUAAUUGUCAUCGGAGGUGUUCUGGUCGACCAACUCGCAUCCAACAAUGGUGGCGAGAAAGAAAUGGGAGACAAUGGCUGAUAACUUGAGCAACGCCUUGGAGAAUGAGAAGCAGAUAACAAAUGUUGUGGCGUUGAGUUACGAGAGGUUGUCGAAUGACCUGAGAGACUGUUUUGUUUGUAUAGGUGUGUUUCCUGAAGAUUAUGAGAUUCCAGUUAAAUUGUUGUCAGGGCUGUUGAUAGGGACCCCGAGAUAGCAGACAUGCAGACCAACGAACCAUUGCCGAGCCAUGCUGCGAAUGACGUAGAAGACAAGGGACGUAAGAGCAGAGGAAGGACGCGCGAAACGGCAAGGAAGGAGAGGCCACAAAGAGUGAGGUCCAGACCCGCGAAAUUCAGAGAUUUCAUAUCUCUGUGAAGAUGGGAGUGAAUCUUUUAUUUUAGUCAUUUAGUUACGUUUUUUCCAUAUUAUAACAUUCUAUUGUUUAGAGUUAUUUUAUGUAAUCUUUUCGGGUUUUCUUCUUGAUUCUUUCCCGAAUCGUAGAGUCGAAUCAAGCAGGGUUGCGAUCCUAUAUAUUAUAGGAUCCA